AUGACUAGCACAAUGGGGCAAAACAUAUUUUUGAAGAUGGAGCCAGCCGUUGAUGCCGCAUUGGGUGCCGGAUAUCGCCUUUUCGAUACUGCGAAGUUCUACUAUAAUGAAGCUGAACUUGGGCUGGCACUUGAGGUGCAUUAUCAUGAAGAAAAGGGAUGGUGGGAUAGCGCCGCGCUCGCCAUUGUUACAUUUCCAUGUAAUAUUUAUUACAUAGAUCUGGUGCUAAUUCACUUUCCAAAGACAAAGGAAUCCGAAGCUAAUGACCCUAACAAUGCAAAACAUCGCAGAAAUACCUAUAAGGCUUUAGAAACGAAUGGACUCAUACGUUCAAUUGGUGUAUCAAACUACGAAAUCCAUCAUUUAGAAGAGAUAAGAGAGUUCGGCCAGGAUCUGCCAGCGGUUAUCCAAGUUGAAUUCCAUCCGCAUUUCACUCGAGAUGAGUUAAGGAACUAUUGCAUUGUUAAUAAAAUAUUUUUUCAGGCAUAUGCAUCACUGGCACGCCACAACGAAGAGCUGAUGGAGCAUGAAAUUGUUCUGAAUCUUGCCAAGAAAUAUAGCAGUUCUGUACCG